AUAGUUCUUGACGAAAAGAAUACAAUAUAAGCGAUUUUCAGAAAACAAAAACAGGAACUGACAACUCAUUACGAGCGUGACGUGUUCUCCCGAGAGUUAGCCGAGCACCGGUGACGAAAGUUGCAAGUGAAGGCAUUUAUUUUUGUUUAUAUUCUGAAUAUUUUGUCACGAUUUUAAUCGAAAACCUUUCAAAAAUAUUAAUGAAUUAUGGAAAACGAGGAGGAUUAUGUGGUGAAUGGUACUCAGCUAUCAAUGGUUGGUAGAGAUGCCCUAACCAUUCCACCAAGCUUAGGAAUAACAUAUGGACCAAAUAUCCUACGACUUGAUCUUAGCUUCAACCGACUGAGGAAUUUAGAAGGCAUUCAAGGUUUCACAGAAUUACGCACACUAAAUUUAGACGGAAAUGAAAUUGAUGAUGAUGUCAUAUUUCCACUAUUAAAUUAUCUUGAAACUCUAACUAUGAACAAAAAUAAAAUAACAGAUUUGGAAUCUCUUCUUGAGAAAAUUACCAAAUGUCUCCCAUCGUUGACUUACUUGAGUCUACUGGGGAACACAGCUUGUCCAAAUGAAUUAUCUGACUUGGAAAAAGAUGAAGAAGACUACCAGAGAUACAGAUAUUUUGUUCUGUAUAAACUGCCCAAACUCAAGUUUUUGGAUUCAAAACAAGUGUCAUCUAAGGAGAGACAGGAAGGUCAAAAAAGAGGUGCUUUUCUAAAAGUCAUCGCCCCAGGAGAAGAAGCAAUGCCUGAAGAACAGAAAACGGGAAAGCAAAUGAAAGGUAGUAACUACACACCAUUACCGCAGCAAUUAACUGACGAAGGAGAUCAUCAUGGGACGUUUGGACGAAGUCGGUAUGUUUACAUUGGAAAACACUCUGAAGGGAAUAGAUUCAUAAGAAAUAAUGAUCUGUGACACUAACCUAAUGUAUUUAAUAAAUUAUUGUGAAAUCAAGCAGUGGAAUCCGGGAGGCAAGGAGGACAACAACAAACGUUGUUGGUUGAACCACAUUGUGCCUGAACUGAA